UAAGGAAAACGUGCUACUCCUGAAUGACUAAUUGUUAAUAAACAGUGGUUCCUGUUUUAAAAUCCUCUCAGAGCCAUCUUCUGGUCUUACAUUUACACUGAUAUAAACGUCUGUCAAUGAUACCCAUCGAUUAUUGAGCCACACCAUCCAUCCUGACUCUGAGUCUCAACUCGAUUCAGCAAACCUGGGACGAACGACAACAGGCCAGAUCUCAACUAACAGACCGACAGUUCAACUCUCGCUCGUCCGAGGAGGGUCAAAUCCAGCCCCUAACCGUGAACCCGUGGCAUGAACGGCAACGGUGAGAACGGGCUCAAUGGCUCGAGCUCCACCUCGACGAAUGCGGCGGGUCUGCCUAAAAUUCGCGAGAUCCUCCGCCGUCAAAAACCCGAUUCCGAGGAUGAGGAAUCGCCGGAUAUCGAUUUCGUGUAUGCGGAUUCGGAUGAAUUUGCCGCCGAAAUGGCCGAGUUCUAUUCGUAUACCGAAAAUCCCGAGAUGAGCACUUGGGAAAAGGCCUUUGAGCAGGCUGUGGGCCAAUUCCGGGGACCCGACACGCCCACCACUUGGAGGGAUCUGAGUGAGGCGGAUCAAGUUCAAUUGGUCCAAUCGAUUUUGGCUCAAACUGAGUUGGCCGAUCCUCGAGAACGAUUGGAAGCUAUGCGCGCCAUCUUGUACAUAGCUCAAGGUUGUUGGAUGGAGUGUCAAUCCGAUUCCGAAUGUUUGGACGCGAUUCGAACCAAUGUAGUUUUGCUCUAUCGCCAUGGGGCCUGGACGACGUUCAUUGAGCUACUGAAUCUUGAGAUCGAGAACACACAAGCGGCUCUGAAUGCCUCGCGGAAAUUGGCCGUUAGUUUGGCCGAUUCGACUGAACUGCGAAUCAUCUUGGGCGUACUGUACGUCAUGACCGAAGUUCUCCGCGAUCACCCCGAUCAACGUUUGAAAGACAACUUUAAGGCCGAACUCAAUGUGCCCCUGGAUGAUGAUCUUUUCGCCAUUCGGCUCCUGACCAUGGUGACUCGGUUUUGUUCGGGCACGGCUCCGCAUUUCCCCAUGAAGAAGGUGCUUCUGUUGCUGUGGAAAGUGCUGCUCACCUCAUUGGGCGGGAUGGACGUGUUGCGAGAGAUGAAGGACACCUAUCGGAAGAACGCCGGCCUAAAUCCAAUCACCGAAGACACACUCACCGUGUCGCGACUCAUGCGAGCGGCGUCGCCACCCGCCAAUGCCGCUGAGCUCGUAGAAUCUACCAAUAAUCGCCGCUCCAAUCGACCAGGUAUCAAACGUAGCAUGAUGACGAAACAAAGCUCGCUGGAUGAUAUGGGACUGGAAAUUGUGCAAGAGCUUGAAGAUGAUUUUGAAGAUGCGGCAGAGUCAUCCACGAUCGAAUCGGGUUUUGGUCGAGAUAGCCCUCGACCCGGGGUGCCAAUGAUGGAAUUAGAAGAGCUUCCCCGAAGUUUGCCUUGGACGCCAAAAGUGCGUCAAAAAGAUGUGGACCAGUUUUUUGACUACACGCGCAUGAAGUUUGUGGGUUUCACGCUCGAUGAUGAUCACACCACAUUGGCCGGCCUACCCCAUUCCAUUCAGGAGGGUGUGUACACGCUGAAAAAACACAUGUACAAAUCGUUAUCCGAGAUUCAAAUAGAACGGGAAGAUGAUAUCGCACAACAUCCCAUAUCUCGCCCGGAAGCACCCGUGGCUCAAACUCCAACGGAAACGCUAUAUCAGGCCAUGCUCCCGUCGUUGCCGCAAUAUGUGAUAGCGCUUCUCAAGAUCCUUUUGGCCUCCGCCCCUACAUCCAAGUCUAAAACCGACUCGAUCAACAUCAUGACCGAUGUCUUGCCUGAAGACAUGCCUAUGACGGUCAUGCAAUCCAUGAAGCUUGGGAUUGAUGUCAAUCGUCACAAGGAAAUCAUCGUCAAAGCCGUAUCGGGUGUCCUCUUAUUGCUCCUCAAACAUUUCAAAGUCAAUCACAUCUACCAGUUCGAGUUUAUGAGUCAGCACCUAGUCUUUGCCAACUGUAUACCUCUUGUUUUGAAGUUUUUCAACCAGAACAUUAUGGCAUACAUUGGAUCAAAGAACAACAUUGCUCUGCUGGACUUUCCCUCGUGUGUCAUUGGUGAACAACCCGAAUUAACAGCCCAAACUUUGGAGAUUGGAGACACAUCCGUGUAUUGCUGGCGAAAUAUGUUCUCCUGCAUCAAUUUGCUCCGGGUUUUAAACAAGCUAACAAAAUGGAAGCACUCUCGAAUCAUGAUGCUCGUGGUGUUCAAGUCGGCUCCCAUCUUAAAGCGAACUUUGAAGGUGAAACAUGCCAUGAUGCAGUUGUAUGUUCUCAAGUUAUUAAAGAUGCAAACAAAAUAUUUGGGAAGGCAAUGGCGGAAAUCAAACAUGAAGACAAUGUCUGCCAUAUACACCAAAGUUAGACAUCGACUCAACGAUGAUUGGGCUUUCGGCAAUGACGUGGAUUCCCGCCCUUGGGAUUUUCAAGCCGAAGAAUGCGCUCUCAGAGCGGCAGUUGACAGAUUUAACCAAAGACGAUAUGACAAGGGAAACUUCUCGGAUUCCGAAAACGACAACAUGGAUUUCGAUUACGAGCCCGUUGACAAUUGUUUGUCCUCCGUCCUUGGACAAGACGUGGAACUGACAGACGAGUUCAAACAAAACUACGAGAAGUGGUUGGAACGCGAGGUUCUCAACAUGGAGAUCCAAUGGGAAAUGCUCUUGGAUAAAAAUCAACCAACUUUCACCACCUAAGUAAAAGUCAGAGAUCAUUUUGCAGUCUAGACGGACCACACUCCCUGGCCCUCCAGAAAACCACAUUUACUCACUAUGAAAUAUACCCAGAAAAUUGUCUCCCA